CUACUCUCCACUUCAGACAGGCAAGGUCUCUGGCACUUGGUGUCACUCGACAUCUGCCUCACACACCACUAAGAUGCUUGGGGGCUCUCAGAAAAUGGCUAAAAUAUUCCCAUAUCAUCGGUGUAGUCUUACAAGAUACACAUUUGCACAUAUUGUACAAAUAUGGGUUCAAAUUAGGUCUUUAUUUCUAAAGUAUGAGCUGGCAAAAAACAAAGAGCCUCCUCCAAUGCCUCUGUAUUUUAAGCUCUACUUUCACACCAAGAAAUGAGCUCAUUCAGUAAACCUGGCAGACAGGCUCUAGAUUUUUGGCAUUACCCUCAGUGACCCUUGGAAGCAGCGGCUAAGGGAAUUUAUGCUCAAGUGAUACCCUGUAUGGGUUUCAUUAAAGAAAAUCACCAGCAAAGCAAAGCACAUUUCAAUUGUUACUGAAUGGUCUGGUACAGAAUGGCUGAUGAGGUGUCAUUGUUUCUAGCUAUGAGCAGUCUUCCCCAUCCUACGGAAGCUUCCACUGCUGUCACACUGAAUGGGAGGUUGAAGGCUUCUAGGUUCCUUAGAUACCUGUUAGUAAAGUUCUCUGGUGAUUAUGACACUAAAUUACAAAUGGGAUGUAGGUCAGACACUUCAAGGGUAAACACACACAUACCUUUUCAGCUGUGGUAACGCUUUUCUCUGCGGAUUGCAAUGUUUGAUCCAGACUUGAACAUCUCAACUCUAAGCAGGAUUGCCAUUAAAGACCAAUGUGUCCAGAGGGCUUAGAUGUCUCCUCUAGUGCCAUGCUACAAAACUGAAUAAAAAACAUUGCUGCGUUAUGUAUAUUAGCAUGUUAGCAUGCUAUUAUUAACAGUUUAGUUCAAAGCAGUGCUAUGACUGCACAGUCUCACGUGUCCUUGAACAUCAGAUCUCUAUGGCACAGAGAAACACCAUAUUGGGCUUUUCUCUAAGAUGUGAUAACUGAACUCAAAGUGUGAGGCUUUGUGCAACUGACAUCUGUAUUAAUCUUUUACAUCCAAUUGAUUCCGAAAUUUGCUACACUAACAUUAAAAAAAGAGGAACUCCAUUUUUGGUGGAAAAGGGACCUUUUGGGGAGCAGUUUUUUGCACCACUCCUCACUUUCGUCCUCUCACAGAUAGUCUUUUAAGCUGGACCAAAAAAUACUUGACACAAAAUAUUGACCUUGGCUGGCAAAGAGCACUUGGGUUAAGUCCAAACCAUGUGAGGGCGUUUUACUCUUAAGUUGAACACUAAGCAGGCUGCCCUGCAAACUAACCACCUCAUAUGAAGCACCUUUCUGCGUAAACAUUUACCAGAGUAGCUAAACUUGUAGGCGAGACAGAAGCUGUCUGUUCAUUUUGUGGUUACAAGUCACCAUGAAACUUUAAUGCUGAUGUGCAGUAGCCUUGUGCAUUCAUAUGAUGCGUGUAUUACUACACAGGUUGUAACGUGAAUACAUACAUACUUCAUUGUCAUUAUAUUGCAAUAAAAUGCCAUUAAACUUUCAGUUAAGUUGCAUUACAUAAAGCAACAUAUUCUAUAUAAUUGCCUUAAAAUACUAGAAUAUGUCAAAAACUGAACAAGCCAACUGUACAGAAGCACAAAGUUAUUUUGCAUGUGGUGAGUUUAUCUUUAUCUUCACCCAGUGCUUCAGCAGGGCUCAGAACAAUGGGCAGCUGGUGGCUCUUCAAAGUGUGCGUGCUGUGGCUGAGAGGCGGCAAUUUUGCCAGUGGCCCUGCAAGUGUCCAGUGAGACCUCAUUGUGCUCCAGGUGUGAGCUCUGUCCUAGAUGGGUGUGGAUGCUGCAAGAGCUGCGCCCGACAGAUUGGACAGCCGUGCAACGAGAGGGACGUGUGUGACCCCCACAAGGGCAUGUACUGCGACUUCUCAGCUGACCAGCCGAGAUACGAGGUUGGAGUGUGCGCAUACAUGAUGGCGGUGGGCUGCGACCUGAAUGGGGCCCACUAUGAGAACGGAGAAGCUUUCCAGCCCAGCCCCCUCUAUAAGUGCACAUGCAUUGCUGGAGCGAUCGGCUGUACUCCUGCUUUCAUUCAGAAGCCUGCUGGUCUUUUAGGACCAGCCCCGCUCAUGGGCAACAAGCCAGCUGGUCUACGUAGUGGCCAGAGCUCAAACAAACAACAACAGGACACAACCUACAUGUCAGCUUACAGGGAUCCUCCUUUAGCCUGGAAGAAGAACUGUUUGAUCCAGACCACCCCAUGGAGUCCCUGUUCUAAGACCUGUGGCCUGGGCAUCUCUACACGUGUCAACAACAACAACAGCAAAUGUGAGAUGAGGAAGGACCGCCGCCUGUGCCUGCUGCGACCAUGCGAGAAAAGUGUACUCAGGAGUGUUAAGAUGCCAAAAGGGAAGACGUGCAGACCUAAGUUCCUGGCUAAGAAAGCAGAGAAGCUGGCACUCUCUGGCUGUACCAGUACCAAGAAGUUCAAGCCCACAUACUGCGGCGUCUGUACAGACAAGCGCUGCUGUGUUCCCAACAAGUCACGCAUGAUCAAGGUCAACUUCACCUGUAAAGGUGGCUCCAACACACAGUGGAAGAUGCAGUGGAUAAUAUCCUGUGUGUGCCAGAGGAAGUGCAACGAUCCAAGCGACAUGUUUUCUGACCUGCGGCUGCUCUAGUGGAACCAUUUAAGAUGUCCACAGACACAUGUAACUGCUGUGGUAAACUGAGGACUGAAACAUACACAAAUUCAGUUAUUAAGUUCUCCUCAGCAGAGAUGAUGUGCCUCAAGAAAACUCAAGGAAGACAAAAACCUUUGUUGCAAAAUAAAAUCGGAUAGGGAAAAACUGUAGGGAUAGUUAAAUAAAAGGAGAAA